CGCAGCCUUAGGCUGCAUUUCGCGAUCAAAAUUCAACAAUUGGUAAUAAAAUUUUGAUUUGUAUGUUUGAUUGACGCUCUGCGGUUGUUUUAAGGUAUAACUAAAUGUAAAAAUUAAACUUACCAGUAUGAACAGAGGCUAGGCUUACUUCUGAAUCAAGUCGGCUUCGCGCGCGUAUGUUCGUGUACGAUCUGUGUGUAACCUCGUGUGUUCGCCAAGAAAACCCGAUAUAAACUGACAGAUAAUAGUGGAAACAAAACUGCGAUAAGCAUACACGAUUUUGAACAUAUUUGUUUACAACGUGGGGUGGUGGGAAUUCAAAUUGUUCAUAAUACUGCUGCCGCCUCCAAACCACGCAGUCUCAUCUGUUAGGAUAAAUCUAUGGAAGCUUCAGAAUUUGACAUUAGCGGAGCUCACGUGAUUCUGAGUUCAAGAAAUUAGUCAUUCUGAGGAAAUGGUUGAAUCUAAGAAUUUGAAAUUAUAAAACCGGGGCGCUGCGACUGCUAUAUAAGGAGCUUAAAGGUAUCUUCUUCAUCCGAUUUUUGAACUGCUUAAAGUAUGCAGAGCUGAGAAAAGCCUCGUACCGACCAGUUCUGUAUUUAAGUUCGACAGAGAUAGAUUAGGAAGCAGGCUCAACGCGCGACGAGAUCAUGGCGUAGAGCUCUAAGGAGCAAAACCCGUUGAUACAGUAGUGGACGAGAGCCAGAUCGCCGACCAACCAACGGUUCGUUAGAUGUAAUGUCAUCGAUCAGUCGGUUAGACUUGGUGAACAGCAUCCAGCACAGCCAAUGUGGUCUGUGCAGCAGCACCCCAAAGAUGUGCGCAGUACUCGAUUGUUGGUCUUAUCUAGGCCUUGUACAGUAUAAGGAGGAUAUGUAGAAAAAAGUACGUCUUAGCCCCAAGCAAAUAAUCUUGACCCUCUUUAAGCAGCUGUUGCGACUGGCGAGAUGUAUUCGUGCCAAAUCAAGUGCUCGGUGAUCUGAACAGCGACCAGCUGAAAUAAAUGACUCUUUGGCCAUCCAUCAAAACCGGCUGAACGCUAGGGUGCUUCUUGUUAGUCAACAUACAGUACUGUGUUUUGGAAGCAUUGAACUGUACCAUGUUGUUGAUUCCUCAAGCAGUGGUAACUCCCCAAUGCCUCGCCAGAGAGGAAAUUUUUGACUAGUCCCCUUUUCUCCAGCUUAUCAGAGCAAAUAUCGAGCAUCAAAAUAUGUUAUAUUUAGAUGCUUUCAAAAGGGGCUUGAUUUUACAAGAAAAGAAAACCGAAAUUGCAAAGUAUCUCUAUUCGAUGUCACGGACGAUUUUGAGGAAAGCUACGAAACUAUAGGGAAUUUUGAAAGAAAAUUUGAAAAUCCAAUAAUCGGCCAACAUGAGUACAAUUUUGGAGAAAAUCGCCGCCAUCGAGGCUGAGAUGGCAAGAACUCAGAAAAACAAAGCUACAGCGGGGCAUUUGGGGCUCCUGAAAGCAAGAUUAGCCAAAUUGAGGAGGGAACUGAUAUCCCCCAAAGGAGGUGGCGGGGGAGGAGGAGAGGGUUUCGAUGUGGCAAAGACUGGAGAUGCUAGAGUGGGUUUCGUAGGAUUUCCAUCAGUAGGAAAAUCAACGUUACUCAGUAACCUGGCUGGGGUGUAUUCUGAGGUUGCGGCGUAUGAGUUUACCACCCUUACCACUGUUCCAGGAUGUAUUAAGUAUAAGGGAGCCAAAAUUCAAUUGCUAGAUCUACCUGGAAUUAUCGAAGGUGCAAAAGAUGGCAAAGGUAGAGGUAGACAGGUAAUUGCAGUAGCUCGAACCUGCAGUUUGAUUUUCAUGGUGUUAGAUGUAUUGAAACCUUUGCAUCAUAAGAAACUUUUGGAGCAUGAAUUAGAAGGAUUUGGGUUGAGGCUAAAUAAGCAACCACCUAACAUCUAUUUUAAAAAGAAAGACAAGGGAGGAAUCAAUAUGAACUGUAUGUUUCAGGUGCCUCAAUCUGAACUAGACCUUGAUACAGUAAAGACUAUUCUCUCAGAGUAUAAAAUACAUAAUGCUGAUGUGACAUUAAAAUAUGAUGCCACCAGUGAUGAUCUUAUAGAUGUUAUUGAAGGAAACCGCAUUUAUAUACCUUGUAUCUACCUACUUAAUAAAAUAGAUCAAAUAAGUAUUGAAGAAUUAGAUGUCAUCUAUAAAAUCCCUCAUUGUGUCCCAAUAUCAGCGCAUCAUAGAUGGAACUUUGAUGAUCUUUUAGAGAAAAUGUGGGAAUAUCUAAAAUUAGUGCGGAUAUAUACAAAACCUAAAGGACAACUACCUGACUACAGUUCACCCAUUGUUUUACAUUCUGACCAUACCUCCAUCGAAGAUUUUUGUAAUAAGUUGCACAGAAGUAUUGUUAAAGAAUUCAAAUAUGCUCUAGUGUGGGGAUCUUCAGUGAAACAUCAACCCCAAAAGGUAGGGCUUGAGCACAUUCUGAACGACGAAGAUGUUGUACAGAUUGUGAAAAAGGUCUGAUGCUCAGUCUUUACCAGCUUACAGUUUGUUGCACAAAUCUUAAUAUUUACUACUUAUAAGAGUAAAUAAAAACUUGUUUUGAAAUAAAUAUUUUAUUGAACAUUUUAUAACAUACUUUAAAAUAGAACGCU